CGCGAAACCACAGCUCAGUUCGGUGAGCGCAGCGCUCGACCAUCAGACAUGGGCGUCAGCGACGGCGACGGCAACGGCAACGGCCCCAAGGCGAGCGAGGAGGCGGUCUCGUGCGAAGGGAGUCCCGAGUAUAGGUUGCCGUUCUCCAAGCCGCACGUCCCCAGCCCACCGCAGGUGACCGACCCGACGAACUACGCCAUGACUGGCAAGAUCCUGCUCGCCGCGGCGGGGGCGUUCGCGGGCGUGCUCCUGGCGCUCGUCGCGCUGCACCUCUACAACAGCACACGGCGGCGGCGCCUCGGCGGCAACCAGCGGCGGCUGUUCCGGAGCCUGGCCAUCGCCGGUGGCGACGAGGACCGCCGCGACGGUGACGGAGAGGGAGCGCCUCCCCCCCAUCGCGGCCUCGAUUCCGCUGUGCUCGCCGCGAUACCGGUCGUGCUGAUCGAAGCGGGCGCGGAUGCGGGGGGCGGGGACUGCGCGGUCUGCCUCGCGGAGCUCGAGCCCGGGGAGAAGGCCCGCGCGCUGCCGCGGUGCGGCCACCGCUUCCACAUCGAGUGCAUUGGCGCCUGGUUCCGGGGGAACGCCACGUGCCCGCUCUGCCGCGCCGACGUCGUCGUCGUGGCGCCGGGCGCUAUCGUGCCAGCCGAGGGCGGGGCGCUGUCGGAGGAGGUGCGGAUAGACGUGGCCGGGGACGCCGUCGCCGCGACGCCCAAUGGAUCCACGGUAGUGCCGGUGAUGGGGAGGUUGCAUAGCGGCCGGGAUCUUGAGAAAGCCAGGCGGGUCUUUGCUUCCACCCGAUUCUCUUCCUUCUGACAGGGCUCCAUUGGCUCCCACAGCCACAGACUACAGGACCUCGGAAGCUUCCUCUGAUUUUCGCACAUGGACACCUCGAUUGUUUCGGAGCGUUCUGCCAUUAGACUGUACAUAGAUUUGUUGGUGAUGCCAGCUGUGUUUUGCCAUGAUUUGUAGUACGAUUUUUUGCGGACGAACUCAUGGACAUAUCUGUCUCGACGUUGACUCGAGACAUGUAAACUGCUUGGAUGCUAUUUGCUUCACAACAUUAAUGAUUGAUAGUUGUAAUAAAUUUGAAUAGGUGGAGCUACU